AUGAGGAGAAGUGUCUUCACCCAGAGAGCAGAGAGCCUGUGGAAUGCUCCAUCACAGAAAGCGAUUGAUGCCAAAACAUUAUGUGUUUCCAAGAAGGAGUCAAGUUGUAUUUAUGUUGACAAACAUCGGGCAGAAACAGAUUUGGAAGUAUCUUUUGAUAUUCUCGAUAAUAACGUACUCUCCUUUAAAUGUAAAUCCACAACACGCAAGGAAGGCAUUAAUCUGUUUGAUACCACAGUGUCGAAAUGGUACAAGAGAUCCCUCGGCAACGUGCCACAGUAUCGGCCAUUCAGCGUGGUAGUGGCCAUCGACUUUGGGACGACAGCAAGUGGCUAUGCAUUCAGUCUGGUACAGGACCCUGAGACCAUCCACAUGAUGAGGCGGUGGGAGGGUGGUGAUCCUGGAGUUGCCAAUCAGAAAACCCCCACCAGUUUGCUCCUCACUCCUGAUGGCAGUUUCCACAGUCUGGGUUAUACAGCCAGGGAUCAUUACCAUGACCUGGACCCAGAGGAAGCCAGGGACUGGCUAUACUUCGAGAAGUUUAAGAUGAAGAUUCACAGUACCUGUGACCUCACCCUGGAGACGGAGCUGGAGGCUGUAAAUGGGAAGAGAGUCAAAGCCCUGGAGGUGUUUGCUCACGCACUGAGAUACUUCCGGAAGCACGCCCUAAAGGAGCUGAAAGACCAGUUCUCGGUGGGUUUGGACACAGAUGAUGUGCGCUGGGUAAUCACCGUCCCAGCGCUCUGGAAACAACCUGCGAAACAGUUCAUGAGGGAAGCAGCUUAUCUGUCUGGCCUUGCAUCUCCCGCAUACCCUGAGCAGUUGCUGAUCGCACUGGAACCUGAGGCAGCAUCGAUUUAUUGCAGGAAGCUCCGUCUGCACCAGCUCAUUGAGCUCAGCAACAGAGGCACGGAAAAUGGAUAUGGCCCAAACACUUCCAUCGUCUCCAGCUUCAGGCAAGGUCAGGCCCGGCUCUCCUCCCAUCCUCACCGGACAGGCCGCGGGGGGCAGCCCGGGCUCCGUGCACUGGCCUGUGGGCCCAGGACCAGGGCCGAUGGCGAGGAGCCCGGUGCGGGCUCUAACUCCAGGGCCUGGUGGGGCCUGGGCCUGGGCCUGGGCUCCGGGGCCGGGGCGCUGCUGCUGCUGCUGUGGCGGGGGCGGGAGCGGGAGCGGGAGGCCCCCACAGACCGCAGACCGCCCUCACGCCUUGGGCUCCCCGCGCUCCUUCUCCCCCAGGUACAGGCCGCUCGGCCCGUUCCCCCAGACAGUCCCCGCUUCAAGUUCAACUUCAUCGCGGAUGUGGUGGAGAAAACAGGCCCCGCCGUGGUUUACAUCGAGAUCCUGGGGAGGUAA